UAAGCAUUGGCGGCUGUGAGUAGACGGUUUCGGGGAGGUUCUAAACCCAUGAAUUUGUGCUUUUGAAGUCCUAUUUGUUACAGAACAGUAUUUUGAAAAUUUACAAUGAGUUCGAUAGGAACUGGGUAUGAUCUGUCAGCGUCACAGUUUUCUCCUGAUGGUAGAGUUUUUCAAGUUGAAUAUGCACAAAAAGCUAUUGAAAAUAGUGGGACUGUCAUAGGUCUGCGAGGCAAAGAUGGUGUUGUUUUAGCUGUUGAAAAGUUGGUCACAUCAAAAUUAUAUGAACCGGGUGCCAAUAAAAGACUUUUUACUAUUGACAAACACAUUGGAAUGGCAGUAGCAGGUCUGAUUUCUGAUGCUAGGGCAGUUGCAGAAGUUGCAAGGACGGAAGCUGCUAAUUACAGAUCUCAAUAUAAGAGCAGUAUACCUCUUAAAUACUUGAAUGAGCGAGUGUCUAUGUAUAUGCAUGCUUAUACACUCUACAGUGCUGUAAGGCCAUUUGGGUGCAGUGUUAUACUCAGCACUUACACAGAAGAAGACGGUCCAGAAAUGUAUAUGAUAGAUCCAUCAGGAGUUUCAUAUGGUUAUUUUGGUUGUGCUGUUGGGAAGGCGAAGCAAGCUGCAAAAACUGAAAUUGAAAAAUUAAAACUGAAAGAUAUGUCAUGUCAGGAGCUGGUGAAGGAAGCAGCCCGAAUUAUUUACCUUGUCCAUGACGAAUUAAAGGAUAAACAGUUCGAGCUGGAGAUGAGCUGGAUUGGCUCUCAGACAAGUGGUGUAAAUCAACAAGUCCCUGCUAAUGUACAUGCUGAAGCAGAAAAAGAUGCUAAAGCUGCGAUGGAAGAAGACUCCGAUUCAGAAACGGAAGAUAUAUAAGCAAGGAAAUAUUUUUUAAACAAAUAAAUACUAUUGUGAUGAGUGUUAUUUCAUAUUUUGUAAUAAAUUUAUGGAAAAUACAUACUGUAUUUUUGCUUAAGAAGACACCAUUUUCUAUGGCCUUCAUUUUAUAAAUAUGGUUAGAUCACUGCCAUUUAUUCACCAAUACUUCAAUUAAGUGUACAAUUAAUUAUUGUGCAUAAACAAAGGCAGUACAAUUCAUUUAUUUGAAUUAAUUUAAUCCUCUUCCGUUUCAGGAACAAAAUAUAAAUUGUAGUAUACUUAAUGUAUGCUGGCCAUUUUUUAAAAAGUCACAAUAUCAUAUUGUAUUGUUAUUUUUAAACUAAAAAUUAAUUUCUGUCUCAUAAUAAAGACAAAUAAAUUUGUCAAAAAAAUGUUUCUAGUGUUUAUGCGCUUGAUAAUUAAUUAACCCUGAUCAUAAUUAAUUUAUAAGGCAAUACAUUUUACUUAACUGUUAACAACGGGAAUCAUAAUGGAUAACUUUUAGUGGAAUUGGCUAAAAUUACAUUUGCCAAAACUUUUUCUUUGUCAUUUUAAUAUUUAAUAACUUUUAUAUUAAAUUUCAUUCUUGUAACCCUAGUAAAUACUUACUAAUAUUCAUUUAAUAAUUGGAUGAUACAUUAACGUAUACUAAUUUUUUUUGAUAUGAUGAAUGUUUGUUUAUAGUUAUAUAAUUAGCAGUUUUUUUAUCGACCUUUAGUUGCAGUGUUUUUUUUUAUUGAUUGUCUUUGGUAUGUCUUGUGUAACAGUUAAGUCAUCUGAAAUUUGAUCCAUUAUAUUAUAAUGAGAUUUAAUUAAAUCUUUUAUUUAGGUAGGUAAUUGUUAUUAUUACUGUGCUACAAAUAAUAUACUUUAUUUCACUUGAAUUAUUAUACAUCUUAAAUUAAUCACAUUAAAAAAACAACUUUGGAAUCAGUUCAAUUUAAGUUUACCUACUUAUUUAUUAUAAUCACAGUAUUCAGUGUUGAUUUUACUUCUCAUUCAGUUAACUUCCCACAGUUUCAAAUUAUUAUCUAAAACUUCUAAAAACCAGUCUCUUAUCUGCUUAUCCUUGAAUACUGGCCCAACUGUCAUCAGCUUCAAAUGAAGUAAAGCCUCGUUUCCCAGUAACACUUCAAGUUGCUUUAGCAGUUUGGAGUUUCUAUAAAGCUUGAGGAGAUUCGAAUAAGUAAUUUUGUAAGGUGGAUCUGCAGGUACCGUAUAGGAACUAUUUAAAGAUUCUUCUGCCCAAUCCAGGAGUGUCUCGUUUCCACUCGAUGUCAGAACAUUACCCAUGUGUUCUGCGAACUGUGGUGAGAAAAGGAAAUUUAUUUCUUCAUUACUGAGCGAUUGAAAACCAGAUGCCUUUUCAAUUUUAUCUCGCAAUUUCUUGUAUAUCUUUUGUGAGUAAACUAUUACUUGAUACAUAGAAUUUCCUGUCGCAUAGGAUGUUAUGUAGUGGGAACCAAAUGUCUUUACAAAACCCCACAAACUUGACAUAUCACCUAAUUUUACAGUUUCUGCUUUAUCUAGUACUGCUUGGUUCACUGACGCAUUCAAAGCUUCGAAUUCUGGAGAAAAAGAUAUUUUAUCUCUCACCCUAGUAAUUUUUACUAGGACAUAACAGUGAUCUCCUGACACAUAACUGACAUUUAUGCCAAGAUUGUACGCUAAUGUCUCAUUGCUAAAGUUCUCUAAAAAAGCUUCCCAUGGUUCAUCCAAUCUUUCGAUGGAGAAUUCUUGAAAGUAAGUUUUGAAUAGUUCAUGUAAGUCAUCACAAAAAAACAUGUUGAAGUUGCCAUGAAACACAGAAUUCCCUUCACUGAGUAAUUCCGUCUUCUUCAUAGACUCUAUGUCUUUAAAAAUUUCGACAGAGGGUUCCCUGAAUAUCCACUUGGUGUCAUUUCUCGGCAUAACUCUCAUCGUAAUAUGUAAGUAUCCGAAUCUUUCAAACAGAUUUAUAGCCCAUCCCAGCUUCAGAUUUUGACUAAGUCCGACCACUAAGCAGAUUGAUAAAAUAAUUAGGAACCCAUACCCAAAACUGAUUUUGGUUAAAGUCAUUUUUCGGUCAAGAGUGUCCCCUCAUGAUGGAAGCGCCAGAUGCCUGUAGAUGGCUAAGUCCCCUGGUGCUGUAUGUAACACCUGCGCUGUGGGAAGCUGUGAGGGUCCAUCCUGGUCCACACUUCCUUGAACACUGGCUCUGGGAUCACUUUCACUCCUCCUCCUCUGCCCCCACCCCCUGUCAACCCUCUCCC